GAGCGCGUCGGUGUCAUAUCGGAAGUGUGAAACAUUUUCCUGUAAAGUUCAAGUUACCGGUCAGCGGAAGGUCAGCCGAUAACAACAACAGGAGCUGCUGUGAGCGGAGAGCUGGCGGACAUCUGGAAGAAGCUAACAGGCUAACAUUAGCAUGCAGGGAACGAACAUGCUGAAGAGGAGGGGCCUGGAGGAGGGGGCGGAGUCACAUUGCUGCAGACCGGUCGGCGCGGUCCGGCCGAGACAACCACAGCUGUGUUGUGCCCGGUGCCUCGGAGGAGAACCGGGUCAUAUCAGCCACAUCAUGGGUCUGUGACCGCAGCUGAAGGUACGGGACGAGUCACCAGGAUCUGCCCCGUCCUCACGGAAACAUCAGGAACCGUCCAAUUACACGUCUGCCGCUGACAGGACCAGUCGGGAACCUUUGUGUCGCGUCACAGAGUUCGUAGAACUCUUAAUAAAUCGAAGCUGGAGUUUUUCCAAAACCAUCAAAAGCACCUCAAUGCCACGCCCACCUGACUUCUGAUUGGCCUACCUGUUCCCGUCAGGUGCGACUGGUUUGCACUGACUCUGAUCUGACCUCGUGACAUGUUCACUUUGCAGUGAGUAAAGGGCUAUUACACAGUUUAUCAUUUAGGUAUUUAUUCCCCAACUUGGGACUCUCAGGAUUAUUUAUAACAGAAAUCUCCGAACAUUAAAGUUCUUCUUCUGUGGUGUUAAUGUUUGCGGUGUAAACAAGUCUGUUCAAAGCACUGAAACGGAUAAUGAGGGAGUAACUUUAACUGUUUACAAAACGUCUUGCUGUUUUUUACAUUUCUAUUUUCAACCAGCAAAUGUUAUAAAUGUUUACAUUUUAUUUGACUGAACGCAGAACUAUUUUGUGCCGACAUAAAUUACUACUCCAGCGCUUGUACUGUAAACUCUUUUCAAAAUAAAAUUAUUUUACUAAAAGCGUCUGAUGUUGUUGUUAAAAUAAGGUGAAGAGCCGGAACCCUGGAACUGAACAACCGUGAACUUUGUUUGUUUUUUUUGCCAAGACUUCAAAUUGUUUUGCUCUGUUUGACCUGUUGUGGACUACAUUUCCCAGGAGCCCUCACUCCCUCUGCAGAGGGAGGGGAGUGGAAGGAGGAGCUGAGGGGGGAAUGUGGGAAAGAAUGCAAAGAAUUCAUUUCCUGUCGAGCAGCUUUCCCAGUGAAGAAGGAGAAGAGAAGGUGUCAUGGUCAAGGGUAAAGCUCUCCUCAGGAGCAUGAAGGAGCAACACUGACUCCCUGAUCUCCUGCUGGAUCACUACCUCCUCACCAGAAGGAGACGCAGCAUGGCCGAACAUUUGCUGAGGAGGACUUUCUUCAGGCUCAGAGGCAAAAACAGGAGUCGCAGGAAAAACGACCCGAAAGUGAGCGAGGUUCUGGUCUGCUCUGACGACGUCCAGACGUCUUCAUCUUCAAGAACAUUAACAGCAUCGGACACUCCCUCGUCACCUCCAAGCAAUGCUGCUAAGAAACAGCAGCCGGCCCAGCAGGGCGCAGAGGCUCCACCCACGUGUCUUAGCUCCGCCCCCGGGCCGUCUGACUGGCAGCCAUCAAAGAUAUCCCAGGAUGAAUCUGAGCCAAUCUGGGCCCAGAGGCUGACACUGGACAAGAAGCAGCAGUACAGUGACAGGUUAUCGCCUCAUGAUUCACCCACCUCUUCACUGCAGCAGGAAGCCUCCCAGCCAGCAGGGGGCGCCACAGACAGUCCCACUGUCAGCAGCAAACUGCCGGGCCAGCGGGCCUACCUGCAGAGCCUGGACCGCAGCAGCCGAGCGUGGGUGCUGGCUUCAGGAAAGUCCCAGGAAGGAGACAGUGUUUUCUGUGUCAUGGAGGACAGAGGGAGCAACAUAUGGUACAACCCCAUCCCCGAGGAGGAGGAUGCAGGAGGCCCACGCAGGGAGGAGGAGGUGUGGAAAAAGAGGGAUGAAAAGGUGGAGGGAGCAGAAGGCUGCAGCAGUGAGCGUCCACAGGAGGGCGCCAGUCCAAGUGUCAGUCACCAAACUGAUUAUAUUACAGCAGAAAUCACAGAUUCUCCCCAUUCAGACACAAGCCCCGCCUCUCCGAAGAAAGUGGGCGGUGCGGGGAGCGUGAUGGACAAGUUGAGGUCUCCUGGUACGGGGAGGAAACUCUCAUUCAAGAUGAAAAAACUUCCCGAGCUGCGCCGAAAACUCAGCCUCCGCUCGUCCUCUUGCGCCCACCGCCAGGGAAGCAAAGAGGACAGGGACGAGUCGGCCAACAGGAACGCAGGAUCGUCCUUGGCACUGUCCAAUCAGAACGUCAUCAGCAGGUAUCAUCUGGAUAGCUCCACCCCACCAGCUCGACCACUGCGGCAGUCGUCCAGAGGACGCUCAGCCAGAAAAGAAGGGUACCUGAGUGACGGAGACUCCCCCGAGCUUCCGCCACGGCAACAGAGCCCCGGACUUUCAGUGACCCAGGAAACAUCGUGGUGUGACGUGAGCUCUUUCCAGUUGUACACAGGCUCAGAUCCACCGCGGUGCAGUCAGCGAGUGACGGGAUUACUGACGGUCCACCUGCUGGGUCUGAAGGACAUGAAAAGCACCAGGUCCGAGGAUAGCAAGGAAGUCUUUUUGGCCAUCCAGAUUGAUGGUGUGACAAGAGCGAGGACGGCACUCCUGACGCUGAGAGGCUCCGCCCUCCCAUUAAACCACACCUUCAACCUGGAGCUGGAGAGGGCCAGCCAGCUCCGUGUUGUUGUCCUAACACCAGGCGGUCCGUCAGCAGCUGGUGACCAGACUCCCCCUUCGGAUGGUCCAACUAAAAACCGAGUGUGCUCUCUGGGUGGGGUCUUCCUCCCACCACUCUUUAAAGGGAGCCGUACCCAGCAGCUCUGUGUGAAGCUGGAGCCCAGAGGCCUGCUUUACGUCAAACUGACUCUGCAGGAAACAUGGGACACGCAGCAGCACAGCGAGGACCCAACGAGAUCUUCCAACGUGUUUGGGGUCGAACUGCACCACCUGGUGGAGAAAGAAGGGUCUGCAGCUGCGGUUCCCCUGCUGAUCCAGAAAACCGUGGCGGAGAUCGAACGGCGGGGGCUGAAGGUGGUGGGUCUGUACAGACUCUGUGGUUCUGCUGCCAUGAAGAAGGAGCUCAGAGACUGGUUUGAUAGGAACAGUUCAGACGUCUGUCUCUCAGAGGACCUCUACCCCGACAUCAAUGUCAUUACAGGUAUUUUGAAGGACUACCUGCGUGAGCUGCCAUCUCCUCUCAUCACCAGGACUCUGUACCAGGUGGUCCGAGAAGCCAUGACCUUACAACCGCCACCUAUGACCCCUGACCCCCAGCUGUCCCAGAGCACCGUUGAGCUUCUGUCCUGUCUGCCACAUCCAGAGAAGGCAACACUGUCGCUCCUGCUGGACCACCUCAGCCUGGUGGCCUCCUUCAGCUCCUUCAACAGGAUGACCCACCAGAACCUGGCGGUCUGCUUUGGCCCGGUGCUCCUCAAGUCGACCCAGGAGAUGUGGAGGGCCAAAGGAAAAGCGGGGAAGGUGGGUCGAGGAGUGGGGAAGUUGUUCGGUCCCGGUGAAGAGAUGGUGAGCGCGGUGGACUUUAAACGGCACAUCGAGGCGCUGCACUACUUGCUGCAGCUGUGGCCCGUGCCAGCUCAUCGAAUCCCAGCAGACGACCACACCCACUUUCCCACCGUGUCCUCCUCCAUCCUGACCCAGGACGUCCUGGGUCAGCUGCCGCAGCAGCGCCACCCCUUCCUGAGACUCGCUUUGUCUCCGAACCUGGAGGAGGUGGUGGUGUCCCGCCGCGGCAGGGUGACCCGACUGGAGAGUCCGCCGCCCAUCAACCGGUACGCUGGAGACUGGAGCGUCUGCGGCAAAAAGCUUCUGUCGGAACAGGAAGCCGAUUAUGACGAGGUGGCGGCGAGCGAGAGCGAUGAAGGCAGUGAGGAUGAAGAAGAGGAGGAGCAGAAGGAGGUGUGGUCUUCAGGAGGAGCAGGAAGUGGUCUCUUUGUGGACGAGUUCGUGGACUUUGAUGCUCCGUUCCACUGCCGACUCAGCCUGAAGGACUUUGACACCUUGAUCCACGAUCUGGACCGAGAACUGGCCAAACAGAUCAACAUCUGCCUGUAGAGGAGGAGGAGGGUGAAGUCUCUGACACGUCCAGCAGGGGGCGCCCUGCUUCCAGACAAACUGCAGUCUGUUUCAGAGCUGUUGGUACAGUUGUUCUGUGAGCUUGUGAAGCCGUUUGUCAGGUUCUUGACAGUAUUAUUUGACUUUGCACACUUUCAGUACGCACUUGUUUUAUUUUAUUUUAUUUUUAUUGAUUUUCGAUGAUGUAACCAAAGUGAUGAAGCACAGCUUCUGCUGGAGCGACCACAGCUGCUUGUUUGUACAUUUCACUACUAAAACAAAUAUUAAACACGUUAUUCUUUUUAUUCUUAUUGACAUUAA